AUGGGAUUCUUGAUAAAUGAUAAGGAGUAUGUUUCUACUAUUAAGGAAGUCACCGAGUUAGCGUCAGCUGCACAGCUAAGGAGGCUUUUUGUGAUGUUGUUGCUAUAUGGUUCCAUGGGAAGACCUCUGUCAGUUUGGGAACAAACUUGGGCUUAUUUGUCUGAUGAUAUUCUUUAUCGCAGAAGACAUGAGCUACAAUAUCCCGAUCUAACGAUAAGUCAGGACGAGUUGCAAGCAUUUUGUUUGUUGGAGAUUGAGAAACUAUUGCAGAGUAAUGGAAAAUCAUUGAGAAAUUAUGCUGGCAUGCCGGUUCCUAAUAACUCUUUAGUCUCUCAAUUUAGCAAUUUGAUGCUGUUGCGUGAGUUGCAGUAUGAUACUGUUUCUUUGACUCGUGAGCACGAUGCAAAUGUCUCCAAAGUUUUGUCAGCUAGAUUGCGAUCUGAGAAAAAGAUUGUUAUAAACGUUGCUUCUAGUGGUAUUGCUUCUCUAUUGUUACCUGGUGGUAAAACGGCGCAUUCUAUGUUCAAUAUUCCUGUUGAGCUGACUGAAGAUACUGUUUGUCGGAUUAAGAAGGACAGUCCAAAAGUCGAGGUAGUCUGGUUGGCCGAUUUGAUUAUUUUGGAUGAGGCACUGAUGACUAACAAAUUAGCAUUUGAAGCGCUCGAUAGGACGUUGCGGGAUAUAAUGGUUUCGGUCUCUGAUAGGAAUAAAGAUUUACCUUUUGGUGGGAAGGUGGUCGUUCUUGGUGGUGAUUUCAGGCAGGUCUUGCUAGUUAUUCCAAAAGGUUCUCGUGCUGAGAUUGUGAUGGCGUCCAUAAAUUCUUCUGUCCUCUGGAAAUACUGUAGAGUUUUGUGA